AUGGCGAGGGAAGAAGAUAUCGAGUCCUUCAUGGGCAUCACGGGUGCCAACCGAACCGCUGCUGAGCGCAUGCUGGAGCUCUGCGGUUCCGAACUGGAGCAAGCCAUCCAGCUCUGGUUCACCGAUGAAGACUUGCAGCGCUCAUUGAGCAAUGCCGGCCCGUCCACCGCCGCAGCUGGCGCCAGCACCGGCUCUACGGCUUUGUCAAGCCGGUCAAACCGCCCGCACAUCGGCCGCGAGGAUGCCCAAGGCGUAAUUCACCUCGACUCGGACGACGACGACGUGGCGAUGACCGAGGAUGAGACGGACGAGACCGAUGAAGUGGUCAACAUUGCUAGGCAAGCUCAAGAGGAGGAAGAUGCAGCCGUGGCGAGGCGACUGCAGGAGGAGCUGUACGCAGGGCAAACCACAGAGGACACCGGUGUACGCGCACCCAUGGCCCGCACCACCGAGACUUUGGUUGGGCCAUCAUUUGCCGAUGACGAUGAUGACGGUCAUGCUGCUGUAUUGGCUCAGAUGCGGAGGAGACAACAAGCUCGAGCCCGGCCCCCUAACAACCCGUUUGCCCAGUCCGUUUGGGAAGAAAAUGCGCGCGCAGCGCGCCCUGCAUCGCUAGGUACUGCGGAGCCGACCCGGGCGUCCCGCUUGGCGGAGCUGUUCCGCCCCCCAUACGCCCUGAUGUCGCACCUGAGCUGGGAUGAGGCCCGCGACGAGGGCAAGGAGAACAAGAAGUGGCUCUUGGUGAAUCUCCAAGACAUGUCCGACUUCAACUGUCAGGCCCUGAACCGCGAUAUCUGGAAGGAUGAGGCUGUGAAGUCACUGGUCAGGGAGAACUUCAUUUUUCUCCAAUUCGACAAGAACGAUUAUGCGGCAGAGCGGUAUAUCACCUUUUACUUCCCCAACGAAAGCCACCAGAACCCAAACAACUACCCACACGUGUCGAUCAUUGAUCCGCGUACGGGCGAGCAAGUCAAGGUUUUUAGUGGUAUCCCCUUUCCGAGCGCGCUUGAGUUCCACGCGCAGCUCGCCGAAUUUCUCGACCGGUACAGCCUAUCUGCACACAGCAAGAACCCUGUGGUUAAGACGAAGCGACCCGAACGUGUGGUAGAUGUGGACCGGAUGACGGAAGAGGAGAUGCUGGAGAUGGCGUUACAAAACAGCUUGGAUGCCAACGGCGGCUCAGCCAGGCCAAAUAUUCCCGACCCAGACGCUCUCACAAAGUCACCAAAUCCCUUGACAGAGGGCAAGGGCAAGGAAAAGGCAGAGGCUACAGUGACAGCAGCCGCAGCCGUAGAGCCCGAUGCUUCGUCGGCACAGGAAUCUGCGUUCUCCAGGAUACCCUCAGAUCAGCCACAUGUCGAACCGCCGCCCGAUCCUCAGACGACAACCCGACUGCAGGUCAGAAAUCCGCCUGGGCGGAUCAUCCGCCGCUUUCGCCUGGACGAUCGCGUCUCCCGCAUUUACGAGUGGCUCAAGGCUGAGCCACUGGAGGGCAAGGAGGGCGUAGAGUUUGAGCUCAAGUCGAUGCCCCAAGGCGUUGACUUGAUCGAGCAUCUCGAUGAGACGAUCCAAGAGGCAGGGUUGGCCAACGGGACCGUUAUGAUCGAGUUUAUCGAGGAGUAA